AUGAAUAAGACACCCAUUACCUACCGGCAGGAGAAGAGCCAUAUGGGCUCCAUGGAGCGCAGCUUCACAGACCAGAGCACCCUACAGGAGGACGAACGGAUGGCUCUCUCCUUCAUGGACGCACACACCUGUGGCACACGUAUUAUACCUUGCAAAUUUCGUUCUGAAUAUCAAAUUAGAAAACCAGAUCAUGUGGUUUGGUACCAGUAUGAAAGAUUUAGCUAUCCAAAGGUUUAUGACAAGUAUGAUGAGCAUGGAGUCAUUCGAGAGUUUAAAAGAAGAACAUCUCGAGAUAAACUUGAGAAAUUCCAGUCGUGCAGUCUACAGAUCUUUCCAGUGGAAUCACACGAUGAUCGUCGGGCUAUUUAUCCCUGGAUAGAUCCAGAUAAUGUGGGAAAAUUUACCCACAGAUUCUUUGAUAAAACAGUCACAAUUGAAGUGCAUGGCACAGCAGAGAAACCACAUGUGACGAUAGUAGGGGACAAGAAGGUUGGAAAGACAGUGGAGGUUCAGUGCAGUGUUGAUCACACCUGUUCCACCUAUCCACCCACUCUGGAAUUCAACUUUCCAUUAGUAAGCCCCAGUCAGUCUAAUUACUGCUGGCCUGACGGAAGCUGCAGAAAAGUCCUCAAAUCCACUUUGAACAUAACGACUGAACGACAAACUGUGAUGUGUACGGUCACACACCAUGGAGGCCCAACUGCCAGCACCUCUUUGCCAUUAAAUGCUCAAUGUUCCUUUUCAUCAUUAACUAUUAGUCCAACAUCGGUUGAGUUUCUGGAAGGCCAGGCAAGCUCAGUAACUUGCACUGCCUCAUACACUUGCUCUAAAGAUCAACCAGUUCUCACAUGGAACUACAACAGUAUGCCAGCCUCCACUAGCACCCAAAAAGUUGGGGAUACACAGUGGAACACUGUUUCCACACUGACAUUCACAGCAUCAGCUACAGACAAUGGAAAAUCUAUGAGAUGCUAUGCCAAAUUUCAAAAUGGGCAAAGGCAGGAAGCGAGCAUUUCCCUACGUGUCAAGCGGAGCAUGCUGGCUCUUGGAUGGUCCUUCACUACCCCUAGUAGCCUGACGGCCAUGAGAGGCUCAUGCAUCAUCAUUCCUUGCAGUUUCACUUAUAGUAAAUCCCAGCCCAUCAACCUACGUGUUAUAUGGUACUUGUUUCAGAGCAAUCAAUACCCUGCUGUGUAUGACCAACGACAGGCUGUUACGGCAAAGUUUAAUGGUUUAACCUCCUUGAUUGGGUCUUUCGGAGAAAGGAACUGUAGUCUCAAAAUUGAAAGUUUGGAAAUGAAUCACAAUGGGGACAGACUUUACCCAUGGAUAGAUGAACACCCAAUUACAUCCUAUCAUUUGCCUGAUGGCAGACUGUCUGAUAAAACCACUCAACUCAUUGUUACAAACAAAGCACAGGAGCCACAGUUGAGCACCAUUGGUGUCCCCAGGGUGGGAGAGCAGGGCAGAGUGUCCUGUAGUGUCCACCACACAUGUAUCACUUCCCCCCCCAUAUUAACACUAAGUGGCAUAUCUGGAGAAGACGUCUUUAUGGACUCACUGGUCUCUAACGGGAUGUGGCAAAGGACGAUCGAGCGAACUUGGAAGGUUCAAGAGACAGACCAGAGUGUGACGUGUACGGUUUCCUACAGCGGUGGUCAAAAAGCAAAAAGUGAACUCGUUCUCAAGGUUGAAUGUCCAUACGAAGAAAUCAAAAUGCUUGAGCCGCCAGGUGAAUUAACAGAGGGUAUGGCAAAAAGUGUCCUUUGUUCUGUUACCUACACGUGCAGAAAAAACAAACCAAACAUUGUGUGGAACUUUAAAGACAUGCAGUAUUUUCUAAAUACCCAACAACUUUCAAGCAACACUUAUAAUGUUGAGUCAAACCUAACCUUCAUUGGCUCUCUGAAUGACAACGGGAAACCUUUGACCUGCACUGCUCAGUUUGUCACUGGCAACACGUCAGCCUCAAAAGUCCUUCAAGUGAAAAAAUAUGACCUAUAUGAUCCCACGGACUUUGAAGAAAGUCGUGAAACCCCUUCCAGAGUUACCAACGUUCCUCAUAAACUCACUGCGCUGACGCGCUCCUGUGUGGUGAUUCCAUGCAGCUUCCAGCUACAGGAAGAGCUAUUCACGCGUGGCAUCUGGUCCAAAAAGAGUGGGGGUGUCAUCUUCCACAACGGCAGGAGCCAAAUCCUCAACCAUUUCAAAGAUCGCACCAGGCUCAUAGGAGAUCUGUCUGAAGGAAACUGCUCACUGGAGAUCGACAACAUCAAACCUUUUGACAAUGGGCCUUUCUGUUUCCAUGCACAGAAAGACAAUGUGAAUCACAGAUUCAUAAACAACUGCGUGUUUAUUGUAAUGAAAGCUUCCCCAGACAAACCACAGAUGAGUCCAGUUCCAGCAGAGGUUGAUGCUGGCUCUGUUUUAACUGUGUCCUGUUCUGUGACGCACACGUGUUCAUCACAUCCUCCAAACUUCUCAUGGAGCGUCCAAAAUCUUAGCAGUGAGGUCACACAUUCCUCGGCAGCACAGGGCAUCUGGACGACGACCUCCUCCAUUAAGUUCAAGGUUGCUACAGAAAACGGAGUCAAAAGCCUAACAUGUACUGCCACCUUCUGGCGAGGCAUUGAGCAAGGCAGGACGGUUGAGCUGAAAGUGAAAGGAUCAAUGAUGUACAAGCUGAAAAGCUCUCUUCCAACUGCCAUUCCAGUCUCACUUAUAGUCGUGGUUGCAGUCAUCAUGGCUGCAGUGUUUGGAGUCCCAUUCUACAAGAAAAGAAUGCAGGCUCACAAGUCAUUGGUACCACCCCCCCGGCCAGAGAAGAGGAGAUCACUAUGGUAUAGAUUAUCCAGAACAAACGCUGAAGUCAUGGACAGACCUCCAAGACCAGAGAAACGAAGGUCCAUUUGGAGUCGCCUGUCUGGAAACCAAGACAAUGCAAACCAUCGUGUUUUUUAUCAAACCAACACAGCUGCAGUUAGCUAUGACUAUGACUAUGACAACAAAAUGACCAAACCACGAUUUCCAUCCCCAAAGAAUAAUAGAAGAAAUCCCCACUGGCCUGAGGUUAGUGAUAAACAGGACACUUGGCAUCACACACUGUACUAUGUUUACAAUUUUUCUUCACAUGUGCAGACUGAAAAGCACAGAACCCUGCAAAACUUAGAUAUACACAAAAUAUAUUUUUUAUGUAAGUGGAAGAUUUGUCAUUACAAUACAAAAUACAAUCCAACACAAAAUACUACUGUGUGUCUGUGGUACUUACAGUGUUGGUGUUGAAAAAGUCUUAUUUCCAAUACUAUGAGUAUCUAAUCAUAGUUUCAUUUAGUUUAAGCACUGUCUUUGUCAUUUAUUGUUUGUCUGAUACUAGAAAACUGCAGAGAACAACUGUAAGUAAUUUAAGUUUUCUUGUGAUUUGUUUCAGAAUUACUAAUUACACAAACAACUGAGUCCACUGAGUCCCUGGAAGCAUCAAACCAUGAUCUUUAUUUUUAAAUUCAUUCAUGAAUGUACUAAGCAGUGCAUGAGUAAUACUGUUGAGAUUUAAGCGUAAUUUCACUCAUAGGACAUAAAGGAGUUUUAUGCUUUGAUAAUACUUGUUCUGCAUACAAUUACAUUGCAAACUGUUUUAUACGUUUUAGAUUUUAUAUACUACGAAACAAAUGAUACUUCAUUGUCUCUGU